GACACAUGUCAAACAAAGGGACAGGCACGCUAUAAAUGACAGGAGCCCUCCCACCCCACUCUCUCCUUCUGACGGCUCUGCACCGAGUUGGGCUUCACGGCUUCAGCAGCAUCUUCAUCGCGCAGGGCUCAACUCCAACUUUUCCAGCCACUGCAGGCGCGAAUCCUCCUGCCAGCACCUCCGAUAUCAGAGUUCCAAGGCAAGAUGACCAGAAAGGUUUUUAGCAACACCAGGGAGAGAUGGAGGCAACAGAAUGUGAACAGCGCCUUUGCUGAGCUGCGGAAACUCGUCCCAACACACCCCCCAGACAAAAAACUCAGCAAGAACGAAAUUCUUCGCCUGGCAAUGAAGUAUAUCGAUUUUCUGGUCAAGCUGCUGAAGGAUCAGGGAAUUGGUGAAGAGAGCCCAGGGUCAAGUAAAGUUGAAUCUUUCCCUGAAACUUGGCAAGAGGGGUCCCAGAGAGAAGGGAGCACAGAGGGUGAGAGUAAUAUCCCAUCACCACCAUUGGGGUGCUGCAGCAGUUGGACAGAGAGAUCACCUGAGGGACAUUCCCAAUCAAAUGAUCACACAAUGACUCCCAGCACUACAAUUUUGUACCUUAAUCAAUUUGCCCUGCUAAAAAACCUGCAGGUUUUGACCCAUUAGAUACCAGUGCGACCAAAUGUGUUUAUUAUUGUGUCUUUGGGUCUGUUUGGCCCCUCAGUGAUUUCUCAUUUACUGACCAAGAUGAAAUACUUCACCAGAAAAAAAACCAUUUAAAAAUAAAUAGUUGAAAAUAUCAAAUUAACUGAAAAUCUUAAUUUUGAUGUGACAUUCCUGUAGUUAACACAAUGAAUAGAUUUACAUUUGAAGGUUGAUUAGUUAGUGCAUUAAUUUCCUUUCACAUCUGUUAUAUUGAACAUUAGCUAUUUUGUUGUAUCACUGGAUCCUGUCUAUUUUCAACUUGCUGCCUUUCAUAAACUGAGAUUGGCAGGGAGGAAAAGAAGCUCCAUUGCGUGAGCAAUGUUGUUGGAUUCAAUGAAAAUUGAAAUCUGGUGAUUUACAUAAGGGACAGUUAAAAGACCAACAUUUUUGCUUGCUGUAUUCUGUGCUUUGUGGCAUACAUGGGCAAUGGACUGUGUGGUCAGUGUGCAAUAUACCUCUCAUUUUCUACAAUUGCAUAGCCCUUCCUGUUUAACAGUUGAGUUUGGUGCUUGAUGCCUGCCCACAAUCGCUGGAGGAACAAUCAAUCUGAAUGAGUUUAUAGCAGUCCCACAGCAAGUGGAGAACUGUUUAGAAUAAUAGAGGGCAGCUUUGAAAAUUUGUCUAAUAUUUCACACUGAAUUUUAUACAUUUUAGUUUUAAUUAUUAUUAAAAUUUAAUUUAUUCUUGUGGUUUGGAAGCUGAUGGAUAAUAUUUUGCAAUGUUGUUUUUUGAAGGCUCAAUGCAAAUAUUGACUUAAUUUAUUUUGCUUACCUAUUACUCUCCUGUACGUUUGCGAAGCAUUGCACUGAAGUUGUGGUGGGGGACAGUGCAAGGUAAGGGUGACAUCAUGUUAAUGUUUAAACCCUUUGCCAAGGCACAAGACCUUCAGACCUGAAUCAAUCACAGCCUGCUUUACAAUUCAGCAGAGAAAUAAACAUCCUCAUCCUGUAUUUAACUCGCAAAGCCUUUCCAUUAAUGGGUAUUAGCUUUCUCAGUUACCAAUCAGAGCAGAACAGGCUGCCCAGUUCUCAAAAUAAACAAUAAUCUUACUUAUACUUAUUUCCAAAUUAAGUUAUUGUUAAUGUUAAUUAAUUUAAAAAGUAUGUUUCUAUUAAGAGAGAGUGUAGAGGAUAUUUACUAUAUUGGCCCAAAGAAUGAGGUCUUACAGUUUUGUGUACAGAAUGGAUAAUCUCACAGACAUGUUCAAAAUCCAGAAUGUUCUGGAUGAAGCGAAUAAAGGGGAUUUCUUUUAAAUUAGGAGAAUUAUUAUGGACCAGAACUGAUUUAAAGUCACUGUCAAAAGAACCAAAGGAGAG